UGCUUUUUUUCGCCGAGUGCUUUGAUGGUGUUGGUGUCGUUUCUCGUCGUAAAUUCUGAGUUGCGUAUAUGAAGUCACAACAAACUGUUUCACAUUGCACACACACUCAAUAGCGAAGGCAAAGCAAGAAAUCGGCAAUUAUCUAAUUCUUUUUUUCUUUACUCACAUCAUCCAUUCGUUUUUGCUUCAUUUGAUUUUUCGAUAGAAAGGGACAGAGAGACAAAAAAGAGAGAGAGAGAGAGAGAAAAAUACAGUGAACGAUGUUUAAUGCCUCGCAAAUGAUACUGACACCGUUGCUGAUGCGGCUGUUAUUUCUUCUACAGUUUGCUACAUUCACAUCUUGUGCUCAUUCAACAAAUGCCAGUAAGAAAAAUGUUCUGUUUAUAAUUGUUGAUGAUUUACGUCCCUCGUUAGGUUGUUAUGACGAUUUGCUCGCCGUUACACCGAACAUAGACCGAUUGGCUAAGAAAAGUGCGCUAUUUCAACGAACCUAUGCACAGCAAGCCUUGUGCGCACCAAGUCGAAACUCAAUGUUAACAAGUCGAAGACCGGAUACUACUCAUCUGUACGAUUUUUACAGCUACUGGCGCAGGUCUGUGGGCAAUUUUACGACGAUACCACAAUAUUUUAAGGAUCACGGAUACGAAACAUUUUCAAUUGGCAAAGUAUUUCAUCCAGGCGCUUCAAGCAAUUUCAAUGAUGACUUUCCGUUGAGCUGGUCCAAUGAAACGUUUCAUCCAUCCACCGAACAGUAUAUGAAUGAUGCCGUCUGCUUUGAUAAGACAACGAAAAAAUUGCAAACAAAUCUCGUCUGUCCGAUAAAUGUGAAAAGUCAACCUGAGCACACUUUGCCCGACAUUCAGUCAAUUGCUGAAGCAAAACGUUUAUUAAACACCAUAAGCGUGAAUAAAGCACCGGCACCGUAUUUCAUAGCGAUUGGCCUGCAUAAGCCGCAUAUUCCAUUCCGUUUUCCCAGUAAAUACUUACGUUAUCACUCCAUUGAUAAAUUCCACAAAAACGAUUUCAUUCAUGUGCCAUACAAUUUGCCGACUGUCGCCUUUAACCCAUACAACGAUAUACGGUUGCGAGACGAUGUUCAAAAGUUGAACAUAUCGUUUCCGUUUGGUCCGAUGGAGAAGACGUUCGCAUAUCACAUUCGACAGGCCUACUAUACAGCUGUAACAUAUGUUGACGAUUUGAUCGGUGAUUUACUGAAAAGUGUGGACUUUUCAAAUACAAUCAUCGCAUUGACGAGCGAUCAUGGGUAUUCGUUGGGCGAACACGCUGAAUGGGCGAAAUAUACAAAUUUUGAAAUUGGUGUACGUGUGCCAUUGAUCAUAUAUUCGCCGGCACACCCAUUAUCGAAAAUGUUAAAAGUCAAUGAAUUUGCUGAACUUGUCGACAUAUUUCCGACGCUCGUCGAUUUGGCGACAUUGCCCGGAAUAAAGUCAUGCAGGAAAAGUCAUUUCAAGCAGUCGACAUGCACCGAAGGUAAGAGUCUGGCUCGUUACUUCUCAGCUGGAAUGCCAUUAAACACAUCGUGGGCUCAGUUUGCAAUCAGUCAAUAUCCUCGACCUGGCGUUUUUCCGACGCAACUUCCGGACAGUGAUAAGCCACGUCUGAAAUACAUAAAAAUCAUGGGCUAUUCAUUGCGAACAACCGAUUUUCGUUACACCAUUUGGCUGAAAUUCGAUUCGAAACAUUUCAAACGAAAUUGGCAUAAACAUUACGGCGAAGAAUUGUAUGAUCAUUCCAUUGAUGGAGAGGAGAAUUUGAAUUUGGCAAAUCGCAAAGAAUAUGCGGCUAUAAAAUUGCAAUUAAAAAAUUUACUUCGUAACAAAGUCGAUAAUUAGAAAUAAAAGUAUUUUUUUUUGCGAUGCAAUUUUCAUUUGAUUAUCCCUGUGUUUUUUCACUCUUCUCUGUUUUGUUGCUUGU